AUGCGCACACUGGGCGUGGCAGCCCUUACCACGGUAGUCGAAGCCCGAUCCAAGCUUCCCCUCUCGUCCACUGACCCCGAAGCAAGCCUCAAAGAAGAUACCGAGGUGACCUUCGACCCACUCGGUGUCGCCGCGGUCCUCCAUAACCCCCGGGCUGAUAACAGUGCCGCCAUGCUUUACACCCAGUACGACUACGGGGUCUUCACAUGGCCACAUACCAUGAUGAUCGGAGGUACCCUGGCACCGCUGAAAAUGCUCGUCGAGCAUCUCACAGAGGAAGUGAAAUCAAACCCUCCGGCAGUUUCCAUGUGCACGAAAGUCUCUACUUUGCUGUCUAUCCGCUCGGAUAUCUCGGGUUCCGUGUUUCGCGAACUGCCGCUGGACUCGAGUAAUUUUUGGCUGAACACCAUCAUCUCGUUUAAAGCAUCAAAAAACCCGGAUAACGACUUUGCAGUGGUUUAUGUGGGUCAGAUUUACGAGGACAUGAAUAUUAGAAAACGAAGAGUCAAGGAUACCAUAGGCUCAGUACGUUGGUGGAUCGGAACACUGACAUUGGACCUCAUUGGGCUGUUAAAUGGACUCAUGAUGAUAGCCGGAUUGGUGAUAGGAGUUUUAGUGGCCGAUAUGUGGGCGACAACCUUGUUCUUUCUGUACUGGUGCCAUUGGAUAGGGACCGUGCUCAUCUCGUUCAACAGGAUGGUCGAGAAAGAUCGGCCGGAUAUCAAGGAGGAUGGACGCAUGAGAUAUGCCAUCCACGAACGGAAAGUAGGUGGAACCGUCAUCUUCAAGGGCCAACAGGAUCAGCUUGAAAAAUGGGCUCGAUCGAAAUGGAAAUAUGAAGGGACAUUAUGGCAGAAUUGCCUGCAUUGGUUUUGGAUUACCACAGGCACGUUGUCCGCAUUUUGCUCCUUGGCGUGUAUGGUGAAUAUGCAGAGUUAUAUGCAGCUAGGCUUCCUUGGAGUUCUUGUCUACUCUUCUCUGGCUGAGAUUUUGGCCACUCGGGUCUCACGUACCCUGCAAGUGAAAGCCAAAGGCAACAUUCAUAUGAGUAUAAUCACCGGGAGUAAAACAAGAACUGAAGCCAUUAUCCGAGCGACGCUAGAGAGCAGACGCCCCUGUCGACUGAAGGGGAUCGACUGGAUUAAUCUGGAGCUUCUCCCACCAAUGGAUGUGUUCCAAUACAUGCAGGAAGCACUGAAGGAUAUCGGUAACAUGCAAGAAGAAUGGGAGGAUUCCAUGGUGGACGUGGGUACACGCAAUCAACAAUUGCGCAAGAAAUUAGCAGUGUUUAUCCGACAAGUGGAAGAACGGGACAAGGAAGCCCCGGCGGACCAAAAGCAGCUCGCUUUGGCAUCGAGAAUAGAAAAGGAGAUAGAAAGGGCUCUCAAAUACUCCUUGGAUUCGGGAAAGGAGGGCGAAUCCAGCUUGGAGGCUCAUAAUGCUUAA